UUGCGCAAUAGUUCAAGAGGAACCAAAGGAAAGGGGGAAGCAGAAGGGUUUGAGAACUGUGCCUCACAGGCUGACAUACAUUUAAAAUGAUGAAGUAUCUACCGCGGCUACUGUUGCUCUUGUUACUCGCCUUUCCAACAACCAUACUUCUGAAAGGGCCCCUGGUGGCAGCACAGGACGCCACAGAGGAUGAGGAGGCAGCUGACGAAGAACUAGGUGAUGACGUGGAUGUGAUUGCUGAGGAUGAUGAUGAGGCAGAGGUGGAGGAUGAUGAAAACACGGAAUUAACGGAAGAGAAAGAAGAAGAGGAGGAGGAAGAGGCGCUAACUGGAGAGAUGAAGGCUUCCCCCCAUGCUGACACAACCAUCCUCUUUGUCAAGGGAGAUGGUGAGAACUUCCCGGCCAACGACAUUGUCAAGUUCCUGCUGGGCUUCACCAACAAGGGCUCGGAGAACUUUGUGGUGGAGUCCCUGGACGCCUCCUUCCGCUACCCGCAGGACUUCCAGUUCUACAUCCAGAACUUCACGGCGCUGCAGCUGGGCAUCGUGGUGCCCCCGCAGCGCCAGGCCACCUUCGAGUACUCUUUCAUCCCCGCCGAGCCCAUGGGCGGACGCCCCUUCGGCCUGGUCAUCAACCUCAACUACAAGGACGGCAACGGCAAUGUGUUCCAGGAUGCCGUCUUCAAUCAGACCGUUACCGUCACAGAGAGGGAAGAUGGCUUGGAUGGAGAGACGAUCUUCAUGUAUGUCUUCCUGGGUGGUCUUGGGUUACUGUUAGUGGUUGGCCUUCACCAGUUGAUGGAGUCCAGAAAGGCAAGCAAUGGCAGGAUCAGGAAAAGAAAGCUUGAUAAGGCAGUCAAGUUUCUGCAGAUGCUGGAGAGGAGAAGGCCAGUGGCUAAGGUGGAGAUGGGCACCUCUAACCACGGAGACGUAGACAUGGAUUGGAUCCCUCAGGAGACGCUGAACCAAAUCAUGCAAAGUCGGAGAGAUAAGGCCUCUCCCCGAAGGUCGCCCCGCAAGAGGACGCAGAAGCGUUCGGCCGGCUCGGACGAGUGAGGUGUCCACCAUGGGGCCAGAAGCUGGCCAGACGUGGCCCGGUAGCUGGCUGGUCAUGUGACCUCAUGUGGUCGCACUGCGCUUCAUAGCCCGCUGAUGAGGAGGUUGCCUCAUUCCUCCCAUGCACACGCAAACAAACACACGCAGAAACACACAAGAGAUACACACACACACA